AGGAGGCUGCCUGAGGGAAGCACGAGCGCCAAGUGCGUGUGUGAGCGAGGCGGAGAGAGGGGACGCGCAGAAGCGCGAGCGGCGAGGGACGCGCGCGCGUGUGCGCGUAAGAGCGAGGGAGGAAAAGAGAGGGAGAGAGAGUGCGUGAGAGUGAGGAGAGCCGGAGCGGACGGAGGGCAGGCGGGCCGGGCCUGACGACGGCGGCUGAGGGAAUCGGAAGAAGAAGAUGGCGGACGGGGACAGCGGGAGCGAGCGAGGGGGCAGCGGGAGCGGCAGCGGAGGCGGCGGUGGCGGUGGAGGAGGCGGCGGCGGAGGCGGAUUCCAGGGGCAUCGCGGCGGCGGGCCGGGCCCGGAGCAGGAGACGCAGGAGCUGGCCUCGAAGCGACUGGACAUCCAGAACAAGCGCUUCUACCUGGACGUCAAGCAGAACGCCAAGGGCCGCUUCCUCAAGAUCGCCGAGGUGGGCGCCGGGGGCUCCAAGAGCCGCCUGACGCUCUCCAUGGCGGUGGCCGCCGAGUUCCGCGACUACCUGGGCGACUUCAUCGAGCACUACGCCCAGCUGGGGCCCAGCAGCCCGGAGCAGCUGGCGCAGGCCUCGGCCGGGCCCGGCGGGGAAGACGGCGGCGGGGCGGGCGGUCCCCGGCGGGCGCUCAAGAGCGAGUUCCUGGUGCGGGAGAACCGCAAGUACUACCUGGACCUGAAGGAGAACCAGCGCGGCCGCUUCCUCCGCAUCCGCCAGACCAUCAACCGGGGGCCAGGCGGCGGGGGUGGCGGCGGAGGCGGGCCGGGCUUCCCCGGAGGCGGCCCCCCGGGCCUCCAGAGCGGCCAGACCAUCGCCCUGCCCGCCCAGGGCCUGAUCGAGUUCCGCGACGCUUUGGCCAAGCUCAUCGACGACUACGGGGCCGACGAGGACGAGCUGGGCGGCGGCGGCGGCGGAGGGGGUCCCGGCGGCGGGGGCCUGUAUGGCGAGCUCCCCGAGGGCACCUCCAUCACAGUGGACUCGAAGCGCUUCUUCUUCGACGUGGGCUGCAACAAGUACGGUGUCUUCCUGCGUGUCAGCGAGGUGAAGCCUUCGUACCGCAACGCCAUCACCGUCCCCUACAAAGCGUGGGCCAAGUUCGGCGGAGCCUUCUGCCGCUACGCCGACGAGAUGCGAGACAUCCAGGAGCGCCAGCGGGAUAAGCUCUACGACCGACGCGCUGGGCCCGCCGGGCCGGGAAGCGGCAGCGGCGCUGGAGACGAUUCCGAUGGAGACGAUGUGGACGACGACUGAGCCUCUUCUUCCCCCCCUGCCCCCCAUCGCUUUGACAACCUCCCCCCCUCCCCAGCCACCUUCACUCCACCACGGAGGUUGCCAUGGAAGGAGGGGGACUGGGUGGAAACAGGGAAGAAGCCCCAUCUCAAGCCUUCCUUCUUUCUAUCAUGGGGGAGAAAGCGAGUGAGCACCGAGAUUACCUGCAUACACCCACCAACCUGCAUCACUUCUGGAACAGCCCUUUCAAUUCCUCUGUCUCCCUGGCCCUUUAUUUUUCCUGAGGAUACAGCAUCUCUCAGCUGGUCGGCCCAUCCUGAAGGACUGGGCUUUACAUCAUUGGCCUCACCUUGGGAAGAGAAAUCCCUGUGACCUCAAUUCACCUCGCCCCCACCCCAUGGUGUAGGAAAGAUUUUUGUGAUCUGAAUCCAUCCUGGCCUUCAAAGAUUCCUCAUCUACUGGAUCCCAGAAAUGUUUUAUUUUGGGAGAAGGGGGGGAUAUAUGUUAUUUGGAUGUCAUCUCCAUUUUCUCUUCCCCCCUCCCCCUUGCAUUUUUAAAAUCAUGUCCUCCACUAAAAACCAGCAUCUUGGAGACUAUAUGGCCACUGAGCACAGUUUGAAGGGUGGGGAGAAGCCACUGCAGCUGUCCAGAUCCUUGGGGUGGGGAUGUGUGCAGAUCAUGAUGGGGCAGCUUGUUCAGGGUUGUAAAGAUCAAUUAUCAUGGACUUAGUCCAGCACAAAUCGGGGUAUUAAGUGCAACAGCAAGGAGUUUAAAUGGGGGGGGCAAACAAAAAACCAUAGAGCUUUGAGAAAUGUAGUUGGGAGGGGGGAGCUUGUAUCUGGACCAAUGUCCAUCAUUGUCUUUCUUUUUUCCUUUGCAGAAUUGUUUUGUUUCUAGAAUGCAAAUUGCUAAGCUCCAGGUGCCUGAACUGGAAUUGAUAGAUUAAUUAAUUUAAUACUGGCAGGUUCUAAAAAUCUUAAAUGGCAUUUUUUUAUUUUUAAAAGAGGGUUGCAAACAGGUAGGUUAAAGGAGAAAACAGGCAUAAAGCACAAGGAAUGCAGAGUGGACAAAUGGUUGCUCACUAAAGUUCUUCCCCUCUCCAAAUAAGGUGAAAGAACAAGUGGUUUUAGUAGGAGGCAGAUAUUGGAACUGCCUUUCUGCAGGCUUCAAAAGAUAACCCAGUCAGAUGAAGUGGCAUUUGGUCUGUAGCUGGGUCUUAAAAAGAAAAAUUUAAAAUCAUAAUCUUGCAAAGAAAAAUGGCUAAAAAACUGAGUAGGAAACUGAAGGCUUCUUUCAUCGUGCAAAUCAGUGGACUUUUUCCAUGGAAACGGUCAUCAAGAACCUCAGGUCCAGAAGUUCGGUAUCAGCUAUUCUUUUUAACAAGAUUCUUUUUUUAAAACAAAAAGAAAACUCAGUCCAUUUCCUCAGUACCUCGUGUUAUGUUAACAGCAGAGUUGGCAAGCAUGGAUUGAUGGUAUGGAUUGUUCAGAGCAAUGCAUGCCUUGUGGGAGCUUGAUAUCCAUUGCUGAAAAGGAGCAGAAACAAACCGUCAAAGUUCUGUGACUAUGAACAUACCCUAGCAGCAUUUUACCACCUUCAAAUUUUAAAGUAGACUGGCUACUGCCCAUUUCUCCAGUUAUCCUUUCCAAAUGAAGUUGGAUAUCCCCUCCCACCCCCACUCAAGGAAUUGCCUCAUCUAUAUUUUAAAUGGAUUCUUAUCUAAAAAUGAUAUUUUUAAAACUAACAAAGUUAGCCCUAUCCCCUCCAAAAAGAUGUUUUUAGAUACAUUAUAUACUAGCAACUUUGAAUUGAAUGGGAAUUACUCUGUUCAUUGCAAAGUUUCAGGUAUUUGUGUGACAUCUUAGAGGCAGGUAAACCUUCCUCUACAAUCUCUAGUAUUUUUUUAAUUGUGCAUGCCUGUACUUUAUUUGAGCUGCCUUUUUAAUUUAUUGCAUACCCUUAUUACCUUAUUUUGGUAUUACUUUUAUCUAUCCUAUCUUUGUUUUAUAUUUAUUAGUAAGCAAGGAGACAUAAAAGGCCUUUCUUCACACAGUUGUGGCUGGAGUGGAGGAAGUGGCUGGAAUUUUCUGUUGGGAAAAAUGGUUUUGCUGUAGCUGUUAUAAAGAUCAGCAAAUAAUUUCAGAGUAGUUUACCACAAAAUUUUCAGCCGCACAAAUGAUUGUCUGUUUUACAGCUAAUUCGUUACUCCCAGUGUCCAUAGUAGAUCUUUUUAUCGUAUCUUUGAAGAAACUUUUCUUUCCAUUUUUCUCCGUCGCAAAGAACUUGUUUCCUGAAUUGUAAUGGGAGCAAUAGUAUUUCUUGAUGUUUUAAUUACAUCCGUAUACUUGUACUGUAUUUUGUACUCUCCAAGGCAGCUGUUUUCGAUAAUGUCCUGCUGUAUUUACCUAUGUAUUUUUGUUCAAAUGUAUGUAGUUCUUUGCUGCGGAGAACAAUUUUCACCAACAAAAGUUUCAGCGGACAGAUUAACUGGGAUACCGCAGCCCUCUAGGACUGCAGAAAAAACUCUGCUUAAUGAAUUAGAACUCUAGGCAGCAAUGAAAAUUAAGGCUGCAGACGCUUGGUGUAUAUUGCUGUAACUCUUCACUCAUUUUAAAACAGUGUACAAUAUUUGUAUAGACCAACGAUGUUUUGUUGCUUCAGUGGUAAUUGGUUUUACUUCUUUUGUUGCCCAGCUGCUGUGAGCCAAUUAAGUUCUUGCAAAGAAUGCAGUACCUCUCCUUUUCAGGAGGAUUUUUUUGGCUGAAUUGCAGUAACUAGCCUUACCUUUGUAUUAUGUGGUAGUGACAGAGUUUUGACUGUCCCUGGCCAGUGGCUACAUAAGCUAUAAUUAGCUGCCUAGGAAAUAUGUGGAAGUGGACAGGAGCAUAUAUCAAUUGUAUGCCAAGAACGCUGCCAUAUAUGGUGUUGGCUUUGGCAACCAGAAAGUCUCCUUUUGUCAUUAGUUAAACAAAUGUAUAUUGAAUACUCAGAUUUUUACAGGUUGACACAUGACCCUUUGAGAUGUAUAGGUGGUGACAAUGCAGUGUGUCGGUAGUAGCAUCUAAAUUAAAAUACCGGCCUGUGCCCUGUUAAGUAUGAAUGAUAGGUUUCUAAAUUUUAACUAAUACUGAGGUUAAUGGCGAAGCCUUUUGCUAUGGGAAAAUGGGUCAUAGUGGCACAAGGUCUUCUUAGGCAAUAGAACUCUGGAGAGCGUGGGUAAUGAGGGAAGAGGCUUGUCUGAAACGUACAGCUUUGAACAUGAAUGUUUUCCCCUGCAGAACUUUGAACUGUUGUGCUUAAAACAGUGGAGACUACGAAGAUGAUCAUUUCAGGGUCGCUUAGAAUCAUUUAUGGCCUCUAAUGAAAGAAGAAUAAUUAUUGACAUACGGCUGUGUUAGAAAUCACCUCACCCUGACUGUGCAAGGCACAUGUUAAAAAUCACACUGCUUUCUAAGCUGGUAGUUUCUCAGUUAUCUCUGUGCCUAUUCUAAACAGGCAACUUUAAUGCCUAUUCAGAAUAGCUGUUCUUUAUGUGAUGGGAUAGUCAGCCACGUUGGAAAAAUGUAAUGCUGGGGUUAUAUCUGAGAUGAGCAAAUCCUGUUAUUCCUGUUUAUAUUCUUGUGCAUAAAUGUCAAUUUAAUUAACCAUUUCCCUUCUUUUUUGGUGCUGCAGUUAAAUCAUAUCCUGGAUUUUUUCUGCAGCAAUGUUGACAAUGCCUCGGUGCAGUCUAUAACCACUGGGUCCAGCAUGCCUGUGCUCAUAUUAGCUCAGUUGUAGUAAAGUUACUGGAGUUAAGAUGUUGCAUGAUGAGGUAUGCUGGUUUAAGUGGCUUAUGGAUCACACUGUUUUCUUAAAAUGUAGACUUUAAGGGGAAAUUGGACAGCCUUUCUUGGGAGUUCCUGGCAUUUUUAGACUUCUGUUCUUGGAAUUAUGAUUCUGGAAUGCAACUGUCAAAGCAUCUGCUGUACAAAAAAGUGUAAAUCUUGUAUAGCACCAAAAUUGUAAAUAUUUGAGGCAUACAGGUAUAAACGCCCGUUGCUUUAGCUCGCAUCUAGUUACGGGUUCAUGUUCUUAUUUCCAUAGCUGUAAUUGCAAAGCAGUUCUAGGCUUAACAGUGAAGGCUAACUUUUUCUCUCUCUCAAAGUUAGCCCGCACUGUUGCUGACCCUGGAAUGAUCUUUGCAAUAAAUCACAAAUCUUUUUUAAAAAAGUAAAGAUUCAAGCUUCUGCUUCCGUUUUUCUCCCCCAAAACACACUUUAUUAUCCUGUCCUAUUUUUUAUAGUUUUCAGGAUAAUGGGCACAAGAGGCAGGUUACAAUAAGUCCCUCAUAUUGAGUGGUCCCAUCAUUGACUGCACACUUCAGGUAUUGGAAUAGCUGAGGGUAACUUGUGACAGUGUGAUCUGCUCCAACCGUUAAAGGGGGUGUAGUGUAUUGACUACACAGGACAUUUGAAAAGUAACAGGCUACUUUUCUCUUGUGAGGGUGGCAGUUUUGUGAUUUUUGGUGGUAAACUGUUCAGUGCAUAAACAUGCAUGAACAUCUCAAAAGUUUUAACAGAUUAUGGUACUUUAUCUGAUGCACAAUUUAAUCUCUCAGCAGAUAUUCAGUUUUUAUUUUAAAAAACAAACUUGUGGCCUUGACUCUUUAACUUUGUGGUAGGGAGGAGAAGCUAGUUUUCCCUAUAUGAAAGUGGCACUUUUUUGGCUUCAAAAUUAUUCUAAUUCUACAGAGUUAUUGGUAAACAUGUUCUUCGUAUGCUUCCUUUUUUAAGCAAGUAAAUUGGUAAAUAUCUUGAAGUAUGUUUGCUAUGAAUUGCAUUUAGUUUUAUAAACAGUGAUAUUAGGGUAAUCAUUCUAUUUGAGGCUAAACAUUACAAAUUUAAAAGAUGCUGAUAAUCUUAAAAUGGCUAUACUCAAAAUUAUUCCUGAAAACAAUUUUAGUUUUACCUAGCAGAACCCCUGAGGUGUAUCUACAUUACCAGCAUACUGUUUUAGUACCAGUAGAACUGUGAUGGCUCCUCCAAAGAAUAUUGGGAUUUGGUUUAGUGAAGGUGCUAACAGGUUCUGUUGGACACCCACAGCUUCUCUUAGAGAGCUGUUAAUUCACUGGGGAGAGGAAAUUUCUAUUUAAACCAGUAGUGUAGAUAUGCCCCAACCCACUGCACUCAGAUUAGUCUUCUGCAGUUGGCUGCUCAAACCUUGUUCGGUCUAUAUGAGGUAGUGGCAGGUUUCUCGUGUAUUUCAUUCUUGGUUUUUUGUUCACUCUGGAUCUGCAGUGUAAAUACACAGCUUCCUUUCCCUCAUGUACUUCUUGAUGAUCUGAUGUCCAGGUUUCUUAAUGGUUUUUAGAAAGCUCACCUAUUGUCCAGUAAUGCUGCUUAUGGUAAUUUAGUGUCAGCAAGAUUACUGUAUUUAAAUGUUGUGCUUGAGCAUUAGCAAGAUCAUCUUAAUUGUUGGAUGAGGUGUACCUCUUAAAAUUGCACACUUGUGUAUAAUUUGUCAGAUUAAUGGAGUGUUGCUAAGGUUGGGAAAGCCUGAUUGUAAAAUAAGAGAAUUCUUCCUUUUCCCCUAUUGCAAGUUUUGAGAAACCUCACCUUUUGCACUCUGUGGUUUUUAACUAACAUGGGAAGAAUGGAGGGGAGGGGGGGGGAGAUAAUGUAGUACUGUGCCAGAUUGCUUUGAUGAGGUAUUGUAACAUUGGAGAGAACAGCAUGAAACAGCUGUUCAGUUACAUAAGGUUUUUAGCCCAUAUAAGUUUAAUUUCAGAAAGAGAGAAGAAUAUCUGAAUAUGGCCACCAACUGCCACCCUCUGUUUCUGUAGCAGGGCAGUUACUUGCCAUGGUACUAAACUAAUUUCAUCUUGAUACAAUCAGAUGGUUGGGGGGUUUUUGUUGUAAUAUAUGGCAACAAUUUUUUCCCUGAGUUUUCAUAACCAUCACAAUUUUUAUAGAUGCAAGGAGUAUGCAAUAACGCUAUGGCUGGGAUCCAAAAGUUGAACAAUUCUGUGUGUCUUAACAGACUAGUCCUGUGUUGCCCAUUGUCGUAUUUAGGCUGGAGUAAUUCUGCAUAGCAUUCUACUCUAAGUGGAGGCAGACUUGUAUUUUUAAAUAGUAGAAACUGCUGCAAACUGCUUUCAAAACUUGAGAGUUGUGAAAGCAUCGUGGCACGGGGAUCUGUGCUCAGAGUCUGAAAUUUCCCUGAGUACAUGCAGUUCCACUGAAUGUAUCUAAAGUAAUUAUUUGAAUCCUGUCCUGUAUUCUUCAACUUAACCUUGCAGCUGUAUAACUUAAGGCUAAUGUUAUAAAUUUAUUCAUGGCUGGUUUCGAAGGGUAGAAUUAUGCCACAGUCUGUAGCUGAUGUGACUGUUCUCAGAGGCUUUUGAGAAUGACAGCUACACCCUUGCUAAUUUUUUUCAGUCUUUAGUGUUUAGUAAUGGCUACCCUGUUUUGGGUAUAAUGAGAGGAAUUAGAGCUGUCAUAAUGCUCACCUAAUAAUAAUAGAAUGCUCAAGAACUGACUGAUUAAACUCCCAGUGAAUUAUUACCUUGCUUUUUAUUUUUUAUUUUUUUUUAAUUGCUAAUUUGUUGAUAGUCAUUUCACUCCACCUCUGCUGUUUUUAAUCUGACAAGGGGAGAGAGAGAGAGCUCAAGGGUUCAGUGUCUAGUGGAAAUACCAACAAACCUUUUGUCUCUGAAAUUCCGUAUAGGGAAGGUUCAAGUGUGCUUUGUCAAAGGCGUUUUGUAAUAUGCUGCUAUGUAGCCUUAAUCUCGUAAUGUACUGUAUAUAUAAACAUACACACAGAGUAAGCAGCCCACGACGAAAAAGCAGAAUGUUCUCAUUUGUCAAAGCUAUUAUUAAAGUGCAGGAAAAAUUUGUCCUGUCCCAGUUUACCACUACUUUGUAGGCCAGGUAGACUGUCUUAAAACUUGCAGAAAGAACUUAAUUUAAAACAGCAGUCACUGUGCAUCAUUUUAACCUAGGCAGGUUUCCAAGGCAAGAUGUUUAAUUUCCUGCCCUGCUCUUCUGUGUUGAAAGGCCCAUCUGGUUAGAAAAUCCCAUCUUUGAAUUUAUGUGGGAUUUAUAAGAAAAAUAUAGCUUAAUCUCUUUGUUUCUUCUCAUUGCUCCCUGUUCAGAAUUGGAGUUUUUGACUCAUGCAAAUGGUAACUAUUUGAACUUAAAGAGUGCCAUGAUAAAUGGAUUCCUAAAUGAUCUCCCGGCAUAUAUAUACUGCGUGAAUGUUUCUACCUUACCAGCAUUUUUGUGGGAUGGCCAGCUAGGCCCUCAAUAACAUGAGCUGUUUUCCUUGCUAACUUCCUUUCCCAACAGUCCAUUCUGGUAUGUGCUAAAUAGAAAAUAUGGCCAUAUGUGUUGCUAAUGCCUUCGCUCUUUAUAAUUAAGGGCGAACUCUGCAGAAGAGUCUGUGUGAACAGCGAUUUUCAAACUGCUCUUGUGUUUCUGAAAGUUCCUCAUUGACAAGAUACCAUUGUGCAGGUUCAGGUGCAGAUAGCGGUGUUAAGGCAUACUCUUAAGUUUCUGAGAGAAUAUGGUAAGGCCCAAUAGACUUAGGCAGUAUUUCUGCAGGAGAUAAGAUUUUGUAGCCCAGAAUCCUCUGUAACACAGGAAUUGCUCCUCUUGAGCUGCAGAAUUGCAGUGUGGAAUGAGUUCUGUGGGGUGCAGAGUUUAAAAAUCGCUACUUUAAAAGUGAAAAGCACAGUCAAACCCUUAUUGUGGUAGGCAAUUUAUUUUCGCUAAUGUUUCAUUGCCAGUUCUGAAAUGCCUGCCAUCUUCCAUUCUUUGCCAAGACCCGUGGAGCAAGCAUUUCUGAUCUGGUUUGGCAGGAGGGCGGGUUACUGUUCUUCACUGCUUAGUUGAAUUAACAUCUGCACAGAGUGGAUCAAGUAAGCACAGGUCAUCCAUUGAAAUGGAUGGAUGGUGCACCUUAGUUGUGCUUACAGGAUAGCCUCCCAAGUCUUUUCUAGUAGAGGAUAUAAUAGCUGCUUCUGCACACUAGAGGUAUCACUCACUGCAGAUAUUACGAUCCCUGUUGCUCAGUUUUCAUGCUAAUAGAUUUGUGAAAAGUGAAAGGACAGGGCUAUGGGAAAAGGGCAAGGUUGUAGGGGAUCAUUGCCUUCAGGGGAGUGGACAUUUUGUUGGGCUGAAUGUACAAUUUCAGUAGAGAGCAAGUAGUUAAUUUGGUGCCGAGUUGAUACCUUGUGCAAGUGAUAUAACUGAUCAUACAUGGAUGUAAUCAACCCAUAUGUAAAUAUACACAUGUUUGUACAUUGUAUACAUAGAAAGAGAUGUCUGUGUACAUGUGUAUGUAUUUAUAAAAUUGUUUCUCUGCUAGAUAGUCAAUGCAAAAGUAGCUCUAAUUUUAUAUAUAUUAUAUAUUAAAAAAACUCCCCUCUAUAAAUAUAUUAUAUAAAUGCUAGAAGUUAAUUUGUAGAAAAAUAGGACUGGUUUCAGGAAUAUCUGCUGAGAGACCAAAAAGUUCACUUUUAAGUACCUUAAUUAAAGAAUAAAGUUUAUUCCUCUUGUUUAUUUUUUUAUAAAAAAAAAUUAAAUGCACUUUAACUGGCAACACACACAGCUGCAUGAUGCAGUUUCAAACAUGGAAAUGUUUAAAAAGUGCAGCACCCAUUCAAAAAAUAUUCUUUUCUCACCUGUCAAGCGGAACGCUGGAAAUUAUUUGAAAUCCCAGGGUCCGAACUGCCUGUUUGUCUUGCUGCCCGUUGGCUGAAGCUUACAUUCUGAUUUCCCUUUGGGGGGGUAGCAGGACUGCUUUUUAAAGAGCAAUGCAGAUACAACCAAACACUACAGGUUGUUGAAUAAAGGCAGGUCCUGGAUUUACCACUAGCUAACUAGCAAAAAACAAAACAGUCCAAAUGACAUUAAGAACUCCUCAUGCUAGUUGAGCACUCCUUAAAAUAGCAGGUUUUUGCAAAUGGAGUUUUACAGUCUAUAUUUAAAAAAUUGUAUGUUUGUAACAAAUAAAGUAUGCAGAAAAGUGAAUGAACCAUG